GUAAUUUUGCUCGGUGCGUGAGAAAAGGAAGAAAAGAGGGUCGCUGAUAGAGAAGCGGUGCUAGCCUGGAAGGAGGGUUACUAGGUACUUUUUCAUUAUUAUUACUAGCAUACUCUGCCCGUUUCCAACUCCCUAUCCUGGCGAGAGGUUGAACUGCGAAAAUGGAGGCGGACAGAUCCGGCGGAGGACCAAACCCGAACUCCGGAGGCGGCGGCAGCAGUGGAGCGGGGCGCAACCCAAACGGGCCCAAAGCAGCACCGAGCCAGGCGACAUCAGCUGCGGCUACCGGGGCGAUGGCAGCGGCGUCGGCGGCGGCGGCAGCUGCGGCAACGGUAACGGGAGCCAUGCCCGGGUCUUCGCAGAAUAGGGAGCUGCAGGACGGGGACUCGGGUAUGACGCUUCCCGGGAUCCUGCACUUCAUCCAGUUCGAGUGGGGACGCUUCCAGGCCGAGAAAUACCGCUGGGAGGCUGAAAGAGACGAACUUAGGGUAAAUUUGUUUAUCACUUAGCCUUCAUUUGUCACUGAAUACCGCUAAAAAAGAGCCGGAAUGCACGGACUCAUUUAGUGUUUUGGUCUGAGACAGCACAUAUACCCUCCAACCCAAUCUGAUUCACUAUGACAACAUGCUAACGAGCUAACAGUACACCCUGUAAUAGUAUAUUGACCAGGCUACUCGACAGACAGGGAAAUAAAGGGACCCUGUGACCGCCAGCUGACCACAACGCACACACAUCCACCAGAAAUGAAAACACUGUGUUAUCAUAAGAGAGAAAAAUCCGUGCCUGUUGGCCCCGUAAUGCCAACACAAUCGGUUACAACUCACUGAGACGAGCUGCUUAACAGAGAUACAUGACACACCACAAAAGCCAUCAGAUUAUCCUGCAAAAUCUAAAGACUACUUGUAUUGUCUUAGAUGAUAAUGCAGAAACCUGCUUAGGGCUGGGCGAUAUGGGAAAAAGUUUAUCGCGAUAUAUUGUUUACAUGUCAGUCAAUAUCAAUAAAUAUCGUGCCCUAAACAAAUGAAAUUCAACAGGGCUUAUUGGUAGCAUGUUUAUUGCAAUACAGUAAGCUACUGCAUCUGUUAGGUCUUUCUGUUUCUUCGACAUUGCGCUAGAGAAAGCGAACUAGAUGGUCGGCUGUCCCUUGCUCCACCAGUGUUGUUUUCGUUGACGAUGACGUUGAUGAAAAUAUUACGUCAUGUCAUUGUCAAUGAAAACAACACUGCAGAAUAUAUCUUUAGCGUUUGACUGACGAAAUUCUAAUGAAUUUUGCAACUCUGUCGUCCACCACUAACGUUUUCAUCUAGUCUCGUCUUGUCAACGUAAACGCACAUUCGUUUCAUCACAUUUUAAUCAUCUAAGACUUUUGUUUAGCUCAUCAACGCCAUGUCUUCGUCGUGGAAAAAAAGGGGCGUUGACGCAAUAUUUUCAUCAAUGAAAACAACACUGUGCUCCACUCGGGGUUUUGCACCUUUUGCAUUUUGCGUGCUCUACUGCAUGGCACUGCUUCAGGUGAACAUGUACUCAACAUGAUUCGCAGUGCACUUUACUCUGCUUCAUGUCCGACGUCAAAAAACCUCCACACCACCGAUGUUUUCGGGCCACUGUUGUCGACAUCUGUUGAGCCUUCAUCUGCAUUUCUGCCGGGGGUAGCAAUCAGUUUCUUUUUUUCUCACCAACAGUGCUGUUGACUUCACGUGUGAAAGUGCUAUGGUUGCAUGUAGCUGCAAUUAGUUGCUACUUGGUUUUAAUUCAGCUGAUUGGUUCAGCACGAAGAAACUUCGCUUUUCAUUGGCUAGUCUUUUAGUCUAUCAAAACAUGGCCGAAUGCCGACUAUGGAAAAGCAUAUCGACCCUGUUUUGUAUUGAUUUUGAGGGAAAUUAAUUUUCUAUAUAUAUCGUUAUCAUUUUAUCGCCCAGCUCUACCUAGAGUUACAUAAACACUGUCUAAUACCCUUCUGUGUUAAUGUAGUGUAUAUGUAGUGCAUUUAUGCAGUUUGCAGGAUUUGAAGUUUUUGCAUUGGAGAAAAAAGUCAUUGUAGCUUCAAACUGUUGAUGUCAAGGGAAAAGGAGAUAAUGUUUAUACAAUCGUGUUGGGAACUAUGAAGAAUGUGAUCAAACUGACUUGUGGACUUAACUUAUUGUGCCUCCCAGAUGUGAGGGGAAUUUUUUUUAUUUUGGAGCCAUCAAAGUCUAUCUACCAUCUCCUAUGUAUAUAUCCAUCGUCUUUCCAUCAAAGAAGUCUGUUUCUGAUGAGAGAUAAAGCUGUAAGGCCAACCCUUUUAAUGUGCACUCAGCUCUUGUCAUUUACCCAUGAUAGCAUGGAGUUUUUGCACAACAACCCAGCAAACUGAUCUUAUCCCUGGGUGAAUAUCUAAACAAGCAUUGGUGAUUGGUGAAGUUUCUGCUUAUGUUUUUGGUUGUUUUAAUAAGAAAUAUUGACUGAGGUUUAGGACCUAAAAGGUUGAUAAGUCUGAGUUAUUGUGCAGCUGUACCUGUGAGUAUAACUGUGAGUUUUACCCUAAAAUCUAGACUUGUUUGUGAUUAGUAUUAUGAUACAAGAAGACCUACCAUUUAUUAUCUACAUAUAUCUUUAGUUUGUGUUCAUACAGUUGAAAAAUCUAUAUGAAUGCAUGAGUUGAUGCCAAAGACAUGCCCUUGAGCAAGGCAUAGGUAGCUAAUUGUUUUAGUGAUUCAGUGCCUGACAGCUGAAAACAGAGGUUGUACUAUGCAGUGUUGUUGCAUGCAAGUGUUUAACUAUGAGGUAGAGCUCUGCUGGGCAGAGUGUGCUUACUCAUCAAAUUGUUCCAGGAUUGAGAGAGGUUAGGGAGACGUACGCACAUUGAAAUGUUUCAACGUAUAGUAAAAUUAAUUUGUUCCUAAACCCACAGGUCUUUUGUAACCACAUUUUGCUGUAAUUAACCACUAGCGGAAAUCCUACGCUUGACAAACCCACAGACAUGCGUAUCAGUGCCUCUCCCUGUCACUCCACUUCUCAUUUUGCCCCUAACUCAAUCCCACGUAGUUAUAAAUAGGAGCCUGAUAAAAUAUGGAUGAACAAUAACAAACUGGCCUCGCUCGCUGCUUUUAUGGUUGUGUGUGGAGAAGAGCAGGAAUGGAAGUCAGGAGCGGGCCGUUGCUGUGUCCAACAUGCCAUUAGCUCUUGUUUUGGAACUUUGUUUGCGUGUGUGUUUGCUGCACAUGGUCUUGUUUCACGGGUACAAUUAGCACCGCGUCCUGUGCUGAAAGAAAGCUGGGAUUGCUCGAGUACCAGGCUGAAACAUUGACCUAGCUUACAUUAUGACACCCACAGGCCACAGGCCUUCGGCUUUUGUUGCCAGCAUGCUUGCAGGGCUCUCAACAUGCCAGAUAGCAUGCCCUGCCUGGCUUGUGAUGUCCUGUAUAGUUAACAGCAAACUGUUAAUGUGCUCACAUGUUGCUUUUAUGUCUCUAUGUAGGCCAACAAGGUAACUGCAAAUAUUCACCUUUAACCAAACCACCGCCUUCAUUUUAAAGAGAUUUACACGAUCGUCUUACAAUUGUACGUCUCUUUGUGUGACCGUGUGGAUUGCUUGCACCUAAUACUGCAACACAUGUCAUCUCUGCGAGUGUGUUUUCGAUGUAGAAAGCCACCUGUGCGAUCGUGUCUCCAGUGACAGGCCGGGUAUAAAGCCCCUCCCCUCGCUCAGGGCCAGGUGGGAUGUCCCAGCUGCAUUAUGGGGCAGCCGCACAAGAGACGGGAGGCGGCAGUGGCCCUGUCCCUUCCUCCGCCUUUUAGACACAUGAAAAGCUUUUCCCAGUCGAAGUCAUCGAACCGCACAACUGUGUAGGAACAAGCCUGAAAUAAUGAGGCUGUCCUUGUUAUAAUUAAAUACACAAACAGUCCACCAGACCUUCACCUGUUCCCCCUAGUAUUUCUCUCGUUCAUACUGGUGACCUACAUGACAUCACUUCCUGUUGAGUGUGCCACCAGGGGCCUUGGGUACGCAUCUCUAAUUAAUAGCUCUGUGCUUUCAGCCAUGACACACAUAUGACAUCCAUAUGUAGUGCAUUAUUACUGCAUAUGUCCUCCCAUGCAGACACUCAGCGCUCCUAUUAUCGAUGUGUUGUUUUCCCUCUCUAUUCUUCCUCUCAGUCUGUAUUUCUGAUGUUACUCUUUUGUUUUCGAACCCAGCUCUCUCUCAAAUGAAUUAACAAUAUCUUCUUGCAUUCGGCAACAUCCAUGACAUGCAUCUCAUUUCAUUCCCAUGCUUAUCAGGCAUCUUUUGAUCCACUCAGGCGGCCACCCAACUUUUCAGGAUGUCACUCUCGAGCUAAAUACCGCAAAAAAUACUCUCUAGAUAUAGCCCUGACAUGCUCCGCCAAGGCUCACUGUCCCAGAAAAGUUCACUGCUCUACUUGUUGGCUCAUGGAUUCCCUCGAGGGAAUGAAGGGAUGAGACGAUAGGGGGGUGGCCAGUGGAGGAGGGAAAGCUGCCCUUGACCCUGUUCUGCAGCUCGCAAAGAGAGACAGGCAGAGAGAGAGAAAAAAAAAGCUAAAUGUGUCAGCUCUCUGUGCUACUACAGGCUGUGGAAAGGUCAGCAGUGAUAGGCCACAUGGAGGAAAACACACCCACAGGAAAGAGAGAUCAGGUGGCACAACAGGUUUUUUUGUAACAAGGUUCUUUUUGUACUGUAAUUUACCAACAUAAUCCAGAGAAAACCCCACCGUGGCACAAGGAGGAAGGAUUUUAAUUGUGUAACAGCACGCUGAGUUAACCCAUGAAAUUGUUAUUUUCAGGCAUGGAUCAGCUUUUGAUACUUACGUUAGCCUUGAUAUGACUUUUCACCUGUGUGUAACUCUGUUUCUUGAAAGUUGUGACAUCUUUAGUUCUGCUUUAGGUACGAAUCGCUCCAAACGAACACCUUAAAUUUCUGAUGAAUGGACUCUCUGUCUGACUCUGUUGGCUUAGGUCCCGCUCAAGAGUGAAAACAAGCCUGAACCAGUGAAAGGGUUUGAAAAAAACAAGACUGAAUGAAAGCAAGAAACAAUACGAAUAGAAGCGUGUGCUUAAAAAUGUCAUAUUUGAGGAAUUUCUUCACACAUUGAAAGGCGCUUUUAGUCAGGAUGGGCCCUUGGUUUUUACAUUUAAGCUGUAUUUCUUCUACUUUCAAAAAUCCAGUGCGUGCUCUGGUUAUACAUCCACUCUGCAUUUCUGUUUUACGCAUCGAACCUUUGUAUCUUUCUGCUUAAAAGAGAGAAGUUUGAGUAAAAUCAGGUCAGGGUAAAAGACCGUAUAGAGACUGGCAUAUAGCAGUAAACCCUGUGACACACACAAUCAGUGUAAUCAUUUAUAGAUCAGAAAAAUACAGUUCUUACAGUGUGCAGCAGUGAUAGUGUUGUUUUUGCUUGUGUUUUCCUGUACAAUACACAAUGCAGCCUUGUGUCUUAUCUUGGCAAACAAAGCAGGGUCAGGGAUUUGAGGAUUUGGGCACUAGUGGGAACCUGUGGCUCUUGGAACUCAGUGUGACACUGGAUGGAUGUGAUGCUUAUCUGCGUGUGUGUGCGUGUAAGCAGGUUAUAGCUCGUCUGUGGGUGAGUAAGAGCAGAAACACGGCCCUGCCCCUGAAAGAUGACGGAGGAGACACAUCCCGUUAAGAGUGGAAAUGAGGAGCUCUUUUCUCAUUGAGAUACCUCACUUGUAUUGUGUUUUGUUUGUGUUUCCUCUUCAUUAGCUUAGAGGGAGAAGCGCUUUGAAAUUUUCACUUACUAACUGAACUUUGAUCUUCGUUUUAAAAACCAUUUUUACACCAUGGUGGUUUGUGAAGUUUGAACCACAAACCCCAGUCUUAUCUGUGCAGUUCAAAUGUUUUAAGGGGAAAUGAUCUUACCAGUAUUGUAGAUGUUAGGUAGGGCUGGGCGAUAAAACGAUAAUGAGAAACGAUAAAAUUAAUUUCUCUCAAUAUCAAUAUAAAACAUGGUCAAUAUGCUUUUCAAUAGUUGGCUUUUUAUCAUGUUUUGGUAGGCUAUACAAAUAGCCAAUAAAAAGGGGAGCUGCUCCGAGUCCACUUUGCAUGCUGAACCAUUUAUGUGCUGAAUUAAAACCAAGUACCGUAUUUUCGCACUAUAAGGCGCACUUAAAAUCCUUUUGGCUUGUCGGAGCACUGCAGCUACCGUAGCCUUGUGGAGGUAUUGAAUGAGUUAAAUAAAGUUUGACUUAUCUGACUGUUUUGUUUGGCUUAAUGCGCUUUAUAAUCCGGUGCGCCUUAUUUAUGAAAAUAGAUGUGUUCAUUGAUGGUGCGCCUUAUAGUGCGAAAAAUAUGGUAGCGUAGUAGCAGGCUGCAGCUAAACAACACUGGCACGAAAACGUUGGUGGUGUGGAGGUUUAUUUUUUUUUUUUUUUGAGGUCAGGCAUGAAGCAGAGCAAUGAGCACUGCAAUUUUUUUUGAGAACAUGUUCUCGCAAAGUUGAGGAAUACCUCAAAUCUUUUUCACCACCUGAAGCAGUGCUACUCGGCAGAGCAUGCACAGUGCUAAAGGUUACAAACCCCGAGCGGAGCAAGGGGCCCAUUGUGCCUGACAAAACGUCGAAGAGACACAAAGACCUCACAGAUGCAAAAGACAUGCUACCAACAAGCACUGUUAAAUUUAAAUUUUUAAUAUCGUGAUAUAUAUCGAUACCGGCUGAUUUGAAAAAAUGUAUUGUGAUAAACUUUUUCCCAUAUCGCCCAGCCCUAAUAUUAGGUCAAAGCUAUUCGACUAUAACGAUGCCCCUGUACCAUGAAUGGAGAGUUUUUGCUGUUCCACUUUUUACUAUGUUGUUAAGGAAUAAAGCUGCUUCCAACCAAUCUUUUCAGUGCACAUAAACAAGCGAUUUGAUCUGAUUUCUUUGGUCUUAGAUCAUCAAAAGAGCUGGACUUGAUAUCAAAGGUUUGGCCGAGCAUAAAGCAUAAAAAGUUAUCUUUAUUUCAAAACCUCUUGGGCCGUGCCUGCAGCCCUGACAAGCCAGCUUUGUGAAUUAUCUCCAAAAUUCUGGGAUAAGCAUAUGAAAUCACAUUGUAUUAAUCAGGAUUACUCAGCAGCCGCAGUUGUAAGGUUUACUUGGCAGAUUAUCCUGUGCUCCACUGGCCCUCAGAGCUGGUUACAUGACUGUACGAGUGUGUGAGCGUGUGUGUGUGCGAGUGCACACUUUUCCUGAUGAUUGUCUACCCUCUCAAGUAGACAGAGUGCCAACCCCGUGAGAUAUUGUUUUUAGACUGUUCUACUUUUACUGAGCUGUGUAUGCAUGUGGGAGCAGACUCGUGGACACACACUGAGGCGUGCAGAGGAGAAAUGGACUGUAAAACAAUCAGUGUUCAGCUCCAGCACCACUUAGCUCAGGGAGAGAGAGGGGGGAAUGAAAAGCUACACUAUGUACCUGCGUGUGUACAUCCUGAGAGUUAAAAGGAGGCGAGUCCCUUUCAACCUGCGUCUAACUGGAAUCACUUUAGAAGAAUAGAAUAGAAGAAGUUUAUUGUCUGACACAAAAAAGUGACAGAAAUUCAUCUUUCGACAGGCCUCAGUGCAUCAGAAGACAUACAUUCUCCAUCACAUUUGAACUCACAUACAGAACAAGAAUUUUAAAAGACCUGAGUUAAAGUACACAUUGACCUGUUGAUAAAAUCAUAUGCAUACGACGCUUGGAAAAAAAUAAAAUAAAAUCACUACCGGGUUAUGGGAAAACCUUUGAACCUUUCAUUUUCCCCUUAAACUUAAACAGUGCAAACCUGAGUCCAUGUUUAAAACGGGCCUUUUAUUGAGCGGUUUUUCUAAGAAAUGAAAAGAUAUAAUCGCCUUUCAACCCCAACAUUCCCAUCACUCUUGCUCUCAUUCACCCUCUUCCCGUCAAACCCUUUAAUUGUUACACAAUGGCGAAAAUGAACGGUGAACAACUCUUUCCUCAAGGUACAGGUUUUAACUGUGAGGAAGGAAACGGUCUGAAAACAAGGGGGGAAGCAUUCAAAGGAAGGAUGUGUCUUUAAAAAAAAAAGCGUAUUUGAGUUUGGCCCGUCUGUGUUUGUGUUUUUCCUUUUGCUGCAGAUGUGCACAGAAAUCUUGGUUAGAAGAAGUUAAAAAUAAAAAAGUCUGGCUUCACAACCCUCUACUUAUUCCCACUUCUCAGAAGUCAUGCUUCCCAUGUCAAUCCUAUUUCCUUGGCAUCCGCAGUGACGUUAAUAUCAUUUGACUCCCUCUCAAGAUGUGCUCAAAGUUGUGGCGUUCUCAGGGUGUCUGUAAUAAUUAAUUUCCGUAUCAUACAUGCCAGGGAGUCUUUGCAAGUUUCUUAACGCUGUGUGUGUUUUCAGGCUCAGGUAGCCUUCCUACAGGGGGAGAGGAAAGGACAGGAGAACAUGAAGCAGGAUCUUGUGAGGCGGAUCAAAAUGCUGGAGUACGCUCUAAAACAAGAGCGGUAAGAAAAGUGCCUGAAAACUUUCCCCGUGUCCACACUCAACCUUCUCUCAUAACGAUUUUAGCCUCAAGUAUUAUAUUCAAGUAUUUUCUCCUAAGUCUGCCCCCUUGUGGUCUGUUCUUGCGGUGACAGGGCCAAGCACCAGAAGCUGAAGACAGGAAAUGACCAGAGUCCCGGGGACAAGAAACCAGAAACAGAGGCAGACCAACGUAUGUUUAACCUCAGCCGUAUAUAUCCUCUGUUAUUAAAACAUUAUGUAACCCACUGCAGGAACAGUUGUUUCUCCUUUUCUCUUCAUGUCUUACUGUUACAUCACUAUUGACCAAGCUAUUUUCUGUAGUUCCCAAUGGGCCUGCAGAGUCUGACUCUGAGCCAGCCAAUCAGAUGUCCUGGAAGGAGGGACGUCAGUUACUACGCAAGUAAGGCCUCUACAUCAUCAGUCCCUUUUAUCUCAGGCUCAAACCAAUGACCUCCAUCAGUGCCUCUUAAUGAGUUCUCCAGGAUUCAUCAUUAUUAUGGGUGUGAGUGUGUAUUUAUACUUAUGCGACCUUCUCCCUGUGAAUGCAGAUAUCUGGAGGAGGUGGGUUAUUCAGACACCAUCCUUGAUAUGCGGUCAAAGCGCGUACGCUCCCUCCUCGGUCGGAGCAGCCCCGAGGCCAACGGGCCCCCGUCCAGUGAAGCCUGUCCCGAGCCUGAGCCCCGGGCAGGAGGAGAGUCGUUGUUGGUCAGACAGAUAGAAGAACAAAUAAAGAGGUGAGAUCUUUUUGGGGGGAGACGCUCUCUCAGGUGUUGAUUCACCGAGAAGGAUAGUGAUGACACAGCUGACGCCCACAGACAGCAACACAAAGCAAAAUCCGACACCAGACAGAACUUUUGUCUUUAUGUUUUAUCUCUUAAAACAUCUCACCCUAUAAAGACCUGAUACUUAAAUGAAACAGGCCACUACUGUACUGUGAGGUCUUUAUUUGAGUUGUGCACUGUAAUGUUUAAGAAUUGAUUAAAUAUAUAAGUAACACAAUAGCCAACCGUGCUUUUAAAGCCUACAGAACAAGAUGUACAGAAAUGUCCGACAUAAAGGUCACCCUCCAUAUAAUCCUAAGAGGAGGAACAUACUCUGGUUAUUUAUUUGUCUUUGGGCUCAAGAAUAAUGCAGCGGUCUGACUGGUGGAGCAGGUUAUAAAAGAAGCUGAACUGCCUCCAAAAAAGAUGAUAACUUUUUCUGCUUAUGAGGAAAGUGUUGGUCCUGUCUUGUUGUUUGUUGAGGUUUAAUCUGUAAUGUUAUGGUAGCAUAAUGACGGUCAUAAUAGCACCUCUCCAGACUAUUGUCUUAAAUAUUUUUGUUUUUUUACAUCUUGUAAUAAAGACGAUAAUUGAAUGUGUUUAAAUAGGAAUGCGGGUAAAGAGAGCUCCAAGGAACGUCUGGGUGGCUCGGUGCUCGAUAAGAUCCCCUUCCUCCACGGCUGCGAAGACGACGAUGACGACGACAGUGAUGAGGAAGACGACUUUCAAGGCAUGACCACGGACUGCAUUGACGGACCACGAAAGAACAAAAAGUCCCGUGUAAAGGUGCGGUAAGAAAAGCAAAGAGAGUAGAAUAAGGAGACACGGAGAAAUCCUCAUGUUUUACCCUUUAUUCUGCUUCUGUGUUCAGAUGGGUUCAGAGCCGAUGACCACAGACAUGGACCCAGAGGACGAGGAGGACGAAGACGACUCAGAAGACGCCUUGAGUGAAUUUGACUUCCUGGGCUCGGGGGAGGAUGGGGAGGGGGCGGGAGAGGCGCGGAUCUCGGGGGACGGACGGGAGCUAGGUACGCUGUUGCCAUAGCAACACCAUCAGCACCAGCACUGCCAGAACCACUGCCACAAGUGUAUCUGUCUCUUUUCCCCCCACUCCCUCCUUCCCUCCUUCCUGCUCACCUUUUUAUCCUUUACUUCUCAUUGUGUCUUGGCAUCUCUUCUUGUCAAUAAAACCAACCUCUUUUCCCAACCACCUGUCUCUCUGUCCUGUUUCACGAGCUGUCACUUCAGUCUUUGACUCCCUACAGACGUGUAGCUGUCAUCUCUGUUUGUAGAUGUAAUUUCUGUUCCUCGGGGUCAUUUCAUAGGUAAUCACGCAUGCUGCCUUCUCUCUCCACAUUUCACUUUUAAGUCAUAUUUACACCGUUUGCCUGUGCUUUAAUUGAUUCCAUCUCUCAUAGACAAAAAAAAAAUCAGUAAAAUUGUGCAAAUGUUAUUCAUUUGAAGAAUGAAGUAUUUGUGCCUUUGUCUGCAUCCGUUUGUCUCUAAUCUGUCCUUCCAUCCAUCGUCCUCCUCCCUGCAUGACUGGAUGGUUUGUGACUCUCUCCUCUGCUGGGUUCAGAGAACCGCAGGAACAAGCUACAAGGCAUGAUGUCGGACUUCCCUCCUAAACCCAGCCCGCCCCCCUCUGCAUCAGGACAAGCUCGCUCUGGCGAAGGUAAGACUUGAGCAGCUGAUUUGACCCACGUUAAGACUACGCUUCCCUUCAGUAUUCCCUCUCAGUCUCCCCUGUUUCCUGCAUAUCCAGGAGCGUGGCUCAGAAGAUGAGUCUGAGUUAGCUGCUGUCAUGUCUCAGUUUUGUUCAGCUUUAGAGCGUGCGUAGGAGUCAACCUGUAGUUUAAAGUAGCUCCUACACGGAUAAAUACUUGUCUGCUUGUACACAGUGUGGGAGUAAGGAAACUGCAAAAUAGAUUCUUGCCGAAGAGAAGUGGGAUUUAUAGCUUUAUAUGACUGUUAUUCAAACAUGUAAACAGCAGGAUAUUUUAUCAUGAUUUAGUCGAAUUUCCUCCCGUUUCUAACCUGCAGGUGGCGCCCUUGGUUUCUCCUCAGACGUCUUCAUCAUGGACGCAGUCGGAGGAGGGGACAUGAACUUGGGUGAACUGGCUGACCUCACCGUUGCCAAUGACAACGAUCUCUCCAUGGAUGUAAUGGCACUAUUUUGCCCACAGAAUCAGUCGAACCUGCACAUUCACGCUCCAGAUAUUUGAGUGUUUGUUUCUCCGUGCAUGUGUCCCCGUCAGAUGCAGGAUAACAGAGAGGAAUUCAAGAAGACGUGGAACCCCCGCUUCACUCUGCGCAGCCACUUCGACGCCAUCCGUGCUUUGACCUUUCACCCCAGCCAGGCGGUGCUGCUCACAGCGUCCGAGGAUGGAACACUAAAACUGUGGAACCUCAACAAGGCCAUGCACUCUAAAAAGUGAGGGGAAAAAAAAGAGGAAAUUCAACUUCACCGUUUAAAAAAGUCAAACACAACUAAAACUUAAAACAAAGAAGAAACCAAAACUCUUUCUCUUCGCAGGAACGCAGCACUGGACGUCGAGCCGAUCUACACGUUCAGAGCACACAGGUCAGUAAGUUGAGAAGCAUGUUCAGGAAAAAAUCCCUCCUCAGUGCUGAGAAAUGCAGUGCAGUCAUCAUUUGUGUUCUUCUUUGGUUUAGUGGGGCCGUUCUGUCCCUGACCAUGGGCGAGGAUGGAGAGUCCUGCUACAGUGGAGGUCUAGACGGAACCGUCAGAUGUUGGAAGAUGCCCGACCUCAACGUUGAUCCAUAUGAUAACUACGGUUAGCAAUACUUCAGAGUGUUUGAAAUCCUCUCGACGAGAAAUUACAUAAUUGAUAAUGACUCCUCUGAAUCCUCUUGUGUGUUUGUCUGCUCAGAUCCUGGCAUUGAGAGCAGUGUACUAGCCGGCCACGAGGACAGCGUGUGGGGUCUGACCUACUCAGCCGCUCACCAUCGUCUUGCUUCGUGCUCAGCUGACGGCACCAUUCGCAUCUGGGACCCUCAGAACUCAUCCCCCUGCCUGUCCGUCUUCAACAAAGAGAGAGGUGAGCGUCUGUGUUCAACGGGAAGAUUCACAUCUGAGCUUUGUAUCGCAUCAGCGCCCUGCAACUUUGACCCAUGUUGUUUUUUCUCCCAGAACACGGGACGCCCACUUCAGUGGCAUUUGUGGAUACUGACCCCAACCAGGUGGUCGUGUCAUAUGAUGGCGGGGAGACGCUGCUCUACGACCUCAACACAGAGCAGAGCACCAUCGCACUAGAGACACAGACCAAGGAUGGUACGUAACCGAACCAAGUCCUUGAUUUGUAACUGAUCUGUAAUAAUCACACUCCGUAUAUAACUGUUUGAAUUUUGGGUCUGAGGUCUGAUGUCUUGCCUUACAGGGAGUGAGCUCAUCAACCGUGUGGUCAGUCACCCAUCUGAGUCCGUCUCCAUCACAGCACACGAGAACCGCACCAUUCGUUUCCUAGACAACAAGACAGGUAUCUGCAUGGGUUAGCUCAUUUAUGUAAAACUCCAAAAUAAAAGCGUCAUGAACAGAGUGAAAGAAGUUUGUGUUUUGCUUUUAUUUUUAAGGUAAAGUGGUUCACUCGAUGGUGGCUCAUCUGGAUGCAGUCACCUGUCUCACUACAGACCCUAAAGGCACUUACCUCAUCUCCGGCAGUAAGUAGCACUCAGCUUUAUUUUUCUAAAACAAGCUUGAACAACACAGAAUUGAGCAUCUUUUAGAAUAAAUCAAAAGAUUGAAGGUGAAGACAUGUUCAGUUGAGUGUAUACUGUAAUAUACCGCUUACUGUGCUUCAUACAGCAAACGUGACUCAGGAAAGGGCGGGGUAUGUUUAGAUAAAAUGAAAGUCUUUGAACAUUCUGGAGACUUGGCUCAAACUACAAUGCUGCUCGCUUCAGAGGAAGCUGUGGAUUAAGUUUGGUUUAGAAAAAGAUGUGAAAGAUUCCUUUACAUUGUGCUCAGCAGUGAUCUUUGCCCCUCAUCACAUCUGGGUCUUUGUUUCCACUCUCUCUGUCUGUCUCUCUCUCUCUCUCCUCCCCCCUGCAGGCCAUGACUGCUCGGUGCGCCUGUGGAUGCUGGACAACAGGACGUGCGUGCAGGAGAUCACCGCACACAGGAAGAAGCACGACGAGGCCAUCCAUGACGUCGCCUUCCAUCCCUCACAGCCCUUCAUUGCCAGCGCCGGCGCAGAUGCACUUGCCAAGAUCUUUGUCUGACAGCAGAGUUGUCAUUUUGGUGAGUUGUGAUUUUGAAUUUUUGGAUGAUGACAAUGAUAUGUGGACCAAGAUAAAGUUAGUUAAAAUAAAAGAUCUUGAUACAAAACGCUGACUUGUGUACAUAGAGUGAGAUUUGUUAUACCAUCCAACAGAAAUCCUGAAAGAAAAUCAGAAAUUUGAACUGAUUGUGUUUUGUUUUCUCUGAAUAAUGCAGCGUGUUCCUGUAUUUAUUAUGAAUAAGUCAAAUGAUUCAUUACUGGUUGUAAUGAUUCUGGUCUGUUUUAUUAAAGGGAUAUUCCGGCGUAAUAUUAAGUAAGGGUCAAACUCACCGUAACACUGAGUUAGACACCUGUCGAGAGAUGAAUGUUGCUGACCGCUUGCUUCUUUAGUUAUACCAACUUUAGUAACAACCACAGAUAGCAAUACAGAGAGCAAAAGAGACUAAACACAGCUCACCCACUCUUAUCCAGCAGCCGCUUGUCAGUACAAACAAGCGGCUGCUGGAAGAAAGUAGGUGAGUUUUGUUUAGUCUCUUUGCUAAAGAAAGAUGUUUGGUGGCUAGUGCUGUGGCUGGGACCCUAUAUGUACUGUUGAUGAAGUUAGGUGCUGUUCUGAGCAUUAUUUGUGGCUAUAGAGCAGCUUUUUGGUUGAGCGCGGGGCUCUCUGUACUGCUAACUGUGGUUGUUACUAAAGUUGGUAUAACUAGAGAAGCAAGUGGUCGGCAGCAUUUAUCUCUUGGCAGGGUGUCUAACUCGGUGUUAAGGUGUGUUUGACCCUAAAUUAAUUUUACGCCAGAAUAUCCCUUUAAUGUAGUCAGUCAGUAUUUCUAACCUGCUCAGUCUAACGGCAUCAAUCUUCUUUUUUAUCCUUUUUAGAUUCCUUCUAAAACAACUGGGCCAAAAGAGCCUGAAGACUACCGUGGAUGCAUUCCACCUGCUCACACACACACACACACACACACACACACACACACAUACACAUACACAUACACACUCUUACACAACUUGUCCUGCACCCCACUGGCUGGGUCAUCGCCACAGGACACCCCUUCCUUGUAACCCCUCCUUGUCCUCUGAUGCCUCAGUGACUUCUUGUUAUACUAACCACACUGCUUUUUUAUAACUUUAAAGUCCCGGCUGCUCUGUUUUCAAACAGUUUUCUACACUAAUAUCUACUUCUGCUUCCUUUACUUUCCGUCAGUUUACCAACUAUUGCAAAGCACCGUGUAUGUGUGUUUUGCUUUUGGCGCUUGAACCCAUAUUACACUGAGUACUUGAGAGGAAACACACGCACUGCACUUCAUAUUCCGACACAUUUCACGUGAAUCUUUUUUUUUUAAACAGCUAACAAAGUGCUUGUGGCUAACAUACAUACAUACGAGAGCAUGACUAAAAGCGAAAACCUUUCCCAGUGUGGGCAGAGAAACACCUGACCACAUCUUUAUUGGGAAUCAAUGUAUUACAUUCCAAAGAUACCGGCGGGCAGAGUGUGUGUUAUGGAGAAUUAAGCUGUGUGUGUGUGUGUGUGUGUGUGUGUGUGUGAUGUGUGGAGUCGCUUGCCAGUUGCUAACUAGUGUUUGAACCAAUAGCUUUAAUUUCAACACACUUAAAGUCACAUUGUCUGUGUGAGUCCUUCAGCGUCCCGAUGACUCCGCCUCUGAUUUUGCGUGUGUUGGGUUGAAUGUCACUCUGCUGUAUAAUCGAAUCAGCACAUUUCCACAAUCAUGAUCCAUUUCUACAGUAUGUACAGAUUGAGCUCCACUCUUCAGACUGAUGACGACACUUCUUUGCUAUUUACUUAACAUAAGUGAGCGUGUGUUUGUGUGUGUGUAUGCACUAGUAAAAUCACGGUGCUAUGACAGACCUUGUUAGUCUUGAGUCAGAAUCAGGGACCUGUGUGUGUGUGUUUGCGUGACAGAAGAGUGUCUGGGUCUCUCCCACUCACCCGCCUUUGAAACCACAUUUCAUUUCAUAAUCCGUCAUCGCGUUUCAGAACGGUCACUGUUAAGGUUUCUCAAUGGAGGCAUGUGGGUUCUUCCACCAGACUUCAGGGUGGGGGGGAGUGUACGGAGCUAACUUAAUUGUAGUGAGGACCACCCGACAUUUCAUGUAAAGGGGGUGCCAGUUUGCAGACGGGGCUUGUUGUUAUUUAUUCAGCUCGACAAAGAACCUUGCUCUUCUUGUUUGAUGUGUAUUAAUUGCACAUUCAGUAGCACAUUACCCAGAGAGCUACGGGUGGAAAGCUGGUUUCCUCUUUCUGUAAAAGGAGCCACGCAGGGAGAAAUAGCUCCUGCUUAAUAUAAAAGAGAGUUCAAUAAAGUUAGGCCACUUCUGUCAUUUCAAAAAGAAGCUACUCAACAGGCAAUUUCAGUAAGUUUACUAAAGAAGAUUGAUCAGAUUUGAUGUUUAGUGGUCACCCUCCACCUCCUGAAGGUUACAGGGUUACACAAGGGGUCAGAGGAGCCUCAAGGUAAAUCAUUUAGAACACUAGUUCAGAGUUUAUUUGCUCUAACAGGGUGGUGGAGAAAAAACAAGAGAACAACCAGGUGCAACUGUGUAUUGUACCUUUGCUGCUCAUUUGGCUCCACUUUGCACUACAUCAUAUAGUGGCUGCUCUUGCUGUGGAGUGGUAAGAAACAGGGUGCAGAUAUCCUGAGGUAUCUGCAGGUAUUUUUACUACAAUCUGGAGUAUGUACUACACGGUUUGAGCCUGUUCUAGCUCAGUUAUUUAACACAGAGUUACUGAUACUCUUGUUUUUUUUCCCGAAAGACAAAUCAGUAUGACACAUCAAAAAAAAAAAAAAAACACAUGGAAAAGAAAUUGAAACCGAGGUUGUAAAUGAUGACUGGAGAUGCCGUUACGUGCUGUAAAUGUCCAUCAUUUCCUUGUUAUUCUUUCUUGCAUUUCUUUUUCUUUGAUUAUGAUUAUUAAGAUGUAAGAAUACUGUAGUAUCAUAAGUGAAUCAUUCUUCCUUGCUAGGCAUAGAUCUUGCUUGUGAUUGAUAAUGGCAAUGUAUAACUUGUAAAAAAGCAAAACGAUUAAAAAACAUGAAAAAUGAAGAAAAAACAAGAGAAAAAAAAUCUGUCACCAGUCAGAGGCCAAGGUAAAGGACUCUCAUUUUUUUGUGUUUUUAUUUUUUUAUUAGCAAUUUAUCACUGUGUGAUAUUUUGUACAUCAUAUUAAGCUGUAUUCAAACUAUUUCCUCUAACUACAAGGGAUAAGAGACCUGCUUUUUAUUGAUCUUGUUUUAUUAUAUAUUUUUGAACUGCAUUCUAGCUUGUAUCAAAUGACUUUCCCUUUUUGUUUACGGGUCCCCUGUUGUAUGUCGUUAAGGAAGAAAAAAAACAAAAAAUGAAGAUUUUGUACAGUGAAACGAGAGUUGUGUUUGUCUUUUUUGCAGCACAGAGUACAGGAGUUGCAUAAAAAUCACAGUGGAAGUAUCCCCAGUUCAUAUAUUUAUUUCACCAGUAGCUCUAUUGAGCGUAAACUCAUAAACAGCACAAAUUUUAUGAAAUAGCAGAUUACAAAGGCAGAUUAAAGGGAUAUUCCGGUGUAAAAUUAAUUUAGGGUCAAACACCGUAACACUGAGUAGAGUUAGACACCCCCUCGAGAGAUGAAUGUUGCCGUCCACUUGCUUCUCUAGUUAUACCAACUUAAGAAAAGACCCCAUGAUCGCAAUACACAGCAGUCUCAGGAGCCAACAAGCAUCAACCAAAACGCCACUCUACAGCCACAAAUAAUGUUCAGAACAGCACCUAACUUCAUCAACAGGACAUAUAGGGUCCUAGCCAUAGCACUAGCCACCAAACAUCUUUUUAGCUUUGCGUGGUUUCUUUAGCAAAGAGACUAAACACAACUCACCUACUCUAUUCCAGCAUGAUCAUUACUUUAUCAUUUCCUUGAAGUAAUAAUCAUCAUAUUAAUCAUUUUGCACUGCAGACGCGGUAGUUCUUCUGCCUUAGCAUCUCGGUCUCAUAAAUGUUCUUCCUUGAGCUGUGUCACCCCACUGCAGUCCGUAAUGGACUAGCUUGAGGUCUCGCUACAAACAAGUGGCUGCUGGAAGAGAGUAGGUGAGUUGUGUUCAGUCUCUUUGCUAAGGUACUUUGGUCGGCAACAUUCAUCUCUCGAGGGGGUUUUUAACUCGGUGUUACGUCGUGUUUGACCCCAAAUUAAUUUUAUGCCGUAAUAUCCCUUUAACACAUCCUGACUCACAUAGCAUAAGCCAAAGCAUCUACACCUUAAUGCAUCCUUCUCCAAUGCCUCCUCAGUCUAUCGAAUCUCAACCCCCAGACCC